CCUUCCUGUCUCAACCUUUCUCCAUCAUCAACCACAACUCUCAGUCUUCAACUACCAUAUCAAAAACAAGUUCACAACCAACCAUAACAAACACCAACCCAACCAUCAUCAUGGACAAGAUUCAGAACGCCGCCAACUACGUCUCUGACACCGUUAAGGGUGCCACCAACACCGCUUCCAAGGAGGCCAACAAGGAGGUCGCCAAGGACAACAACGCGAACCUCAGCACUCGUGCAUCCGCCGCAAAGGACGCUGUCGGUGACAAGGUCGACGAGAAGAAGUAUAACACUUCGGCCGAUGUCAACAAGGAGGCUGCCAAGCACUAAACGCUUCUCCUUUUGUUCAACUCCAAUAUCCACCACGACUGUACGAUGAAUGGGGACAUAUGAUUACAGGGGCGUCUUGGAACAGACUCGACCAUUUCUUUUGUUGAUGUGGCAUGGGAUGAUGGAUUUGAUUCCCCUACUUGAGAGAUUCAAGAUCCUCAGCACGUUUUACAAUACCCCUAAGAUAGCUUAGAAUUAAAAGCUGCAAAAUUCAUCGCCAAUAACUUUUUCCCGUUAAAUGCGACUUUUUUCGGAUAAAUUCUACUUCCUUCGGAAUUACCUACAUUCUAGUUGAGUACCCAAGACAUGAAAGAUUCUAG